AUGAGCGAUUACAGAACUGUGUGUUACCUUGUGUUGCCAUUGCUGUUGCUGCUGGUUGCGUCCUCACCCAGUGCUCAGCAUGUGGAGAGGAACCAGCCACCAGAUGAAAACGUUUCCUUCCUGAAACCAGAUCCAGCAGAUGAUGUUGCUGAGACCAGAGCUAACGUGUCUGUCUCAAUAAUCCGACGUGUUCUGACUUCUGCUCCGUUCAGACAGAAAAUCCCAGUUAACUUGACGCUCCCAGAGUUCGGUAAUACAGGAAAACUGCAAUGGGCGACAUGGGAGGGUUCCCCUCCAAAUGGAUCCGUUUCCAUUCAGAACAGCUACGCCAAACGAAUCGACUACAUCUGUAAAGUCAGAUGCAAUUCUGGUUUUUACAACCCCAGCAUGGGUUCUUACUGCCACUACCCAAAUAAAAAAAAAGAGCAUCGUUCCUCCUCUUUUCAAGUCCUGGUGAAUGAAGAUAAUUUUGAGAUCUUGCAGUGGAAGGAAGGUUCUUAUGGUUCUGUUCCACAGAAUUCAGUCAGAACCUGCUCCAGUGAGGAAAUGUAUGUAGGGAAGAACAAGUACGGAUUGGGGAAGGUUGAUCCGAAAGAUAAAUGUUUUUAUCUCCCCUGGAAGGGGAAGGAAUAUCGGUACAAGAAGAGCUAUGAGGUUCUGACCCGCAUGAAGGCUGAAGAUGAUCUCAUCUCUGAUGUCAAAUAUCACACAAAUCAAGCUAAAAUUUUGAAAGAUCCUCCAAAAACCCUCCAAAGCUCUACUACUACCAACCAGGACCUCAAUCCUGUGACAAAAACAGUUUCUCUGACUAAGACAACCACAGAUGUGAGACAGUGGGACAUCAGCUCCUCCAUCACUGUCGGUGUAAAAACGUCCAUCACUACAGGAAUUCCCUGCGUUGUGAGUGGAAAUAUUGAAAUCAAUGCAGAGACGACUCAUACGUUCUCAGGUGGAAAUACCUGGACAGAGCAGAUCUCCCACUCUGUGUCGAUACAGCUUACCAUACCACCAAACCACAGCUGCACAGUAAAGAUGGUUGGUUAUCAGUACAAGAUGGACGUUCCCUUCACCGCCGUCCUCAAGCGAACCUAUGAAGACGGAGAGACCAGAUCAGUUACCAUCUCUGGAAAUUAUCACGGAGUCCAAGUUGGAGAAAUUAGGGCUGAGGUGGAAAGAUGCAAACCUUUGUCCGGUUCUCAAGUCUUUCAAAACAAAAUACAGGAAGCAAACUGAGAAACUAUAACGUAUAGCUAGAACAGCUUUACCAGCUCUAAACUUUAUUAUUUUCCUAAAUCAUGUUAAAAUUCAUGUAAACAUCACCAGUACAGAGUCAAAUGGGGAGAAAGCUGCUUGUAGCAAUUAACCAAAACACCAGGAAAGCUUUAAUAUCAACAGUAACUCUGGGACUGGAGGCGUUUUCACCACUGGUGAACUAACAAACUAACUGCUGAGUUAGUUGGUUAGCCUGUUGAGCUUUCAAGUACAAUUUGUAAACUUUUCUGUCUACAUUAUCAAAACAACUCCAAACUUAUGAAAUCAGAUUUGAUUUCAUAAAAUUGUCAAAUCACAUUUUCAUUUCUCACUGCAAAAUAAAGAAAAAUAUUCAUGUAUUUGACUGAAACUUAGUAAAAACAAACAAAAACCUGAUUUUAAACUGAAGUAGCAUCAUUUCUGUCUUUGGUUACAUCCAAACUAACCUGCUGGUUUUUUUACUGCUGCAUGUCAGAUAAUAAAUAUGGAAAUGUUUGUGAACAGAGAAAUUACUAGACUAACAAGGAUAUUAUCCAUAAUACUUCAGUCAUGUUUGUAUGACCUACUGCAUAUAUUUUUUAUGAAGAACAUGAAAUAUUUGAACAAUUAUCUAAUUUAAAGUUUAUUCAGAUCCAGAUGAAUCAU